GCGGGGCCCGGCCCGGCCCUGCCCGCCCGGGGCUGCCCCAGGCCGGGUGUGCGAGCCCCGGCCGGGGCGUGCUCGGCGCGGGGCACCAUGGUGGAGAAGCGGUGCCCGCGGCUGCAGCGGGACGGCGUGUACCGCUGGUUCUCCGAGCUGCCCUCCCCGCAGCGCGUGGAGUUCCUGUGCGGCCUCCUGGACCUGUGCAUCCCGCUGGAGCUGCGCUUCCUGGGCGCCUGCCUGGAGGACCUGGCCCGCAAGGAUUAUCACUCCCUGCGCGACUCCGAGAUCAAGGCCAACAACCCCGCCGACCUGGGCAGCCUCACCAACCUGACGGACGAGGUGGUGCGCAGCAAACUCCUGGUGUCCCUCGCCCUGCUCGGCUCUGCCCACCGGGAGGCCGCCGGGGUCCUGUUCCGCACCCUCACCCACAUCGACUCGGUUAUCAACAACUACGGGCUGCAGCUCAACGAGGGCCGCACGGGGGAUGAGUUCCUGUUGCUCUUCACCAUGGCAUCCAACCACCCGGCGUUCAGCUUCCACCAGAAGCAGGUGCUGAGGCAGGAGCUCACCCAGAUCCAGAGUCUCAUGGCCAGCACCAGCAAGAAUCCCAGCACCUCUACACUCAACACCAUGGCAACCUAUCCUGGCUGCCAUAAGGUCUCUCCAAGGUCCGAGACCCCCAUCAACAGUGUCAGCAACAGUUUGGAAAAUGUGCUCCAUACAUCCACACAUUCCAUGGAGGAGUCAUUACCCAAGAGGCCUUCGGGGAAACACUCCAAAGUGAGUGUUGAAAAAGUGGAAUUAAAGGGACUGGCACACAAGAAGAAUGAAAGAAAUGUUGAGUAUUCCUUUGAGGUCCUGUGGUCUGAUUCUUCGGUGACGUUGGUAACCAAAUCUUCUGCUGAAGUGACUGAAUUUAUUUCAAAGCUAUCUCAGCUGUAUCCAGAAGAAAACUUGGAGAAAUUCAUUCCUUGCUUAGCUGGUCCAGAUUCAUUUUACCUGGAACGGAACCACAUGGACCUGGAAUCAGACCUGAGGUACCUGGCCCCGUUCCCUUCCCACGUGGUGAAAAACGACCACGUCAGGAAGUUCUUCAGCACUUCAUCUCCCUCACAGCAACUUCAGAGCUCAAAUCCUGGCAACCCCUCCCUGUAUAAAGUAGGAACUACGCUGGGAACAUCUGGAAGACCUGUAUGUGGGGUGGCUGGAAUUCAGUCCUCCCAGAACCACGUCCAGCACUCGGCUGCUGCUCCCGUUGCUCUGCCCCACUGCUCCCACUCCGGAGGCGCCGGCUCCUCGCUGGGCUAUCGCUCCCAGAUGGACACCUCCUCUACAUCCAUGCUGAUGUCUUCCAGCCCUCAGACCCCUCAGACACAGGAGCAAAAUGGGAUCCUGGACUGGCUCAGGAAGCUGCGCUUGCACAAGUAUUACCCUGUCUUCAAACAGCUCACCAUGGAAAAGUUUCUGAGUCUUACUGAGGAAGAUUUGAAUAAGUUUGAGUCCCUCACCAUGGGAGCAAAGAAGAAGCUCAAGACCCAACUAGAGCUGGAGAAGGAGAAAUCAGAGAAACGGUGCCUAAACCCCUCCACACCUUCCUCAGUGACCAGCAGUGGGGUGGCCAGGGUUCCCCCCACUUCCCACGUGGGGCCUAUCCAGAGCAUCCGGGGGAACCACGCCGCAGAGCUGCGAGUGGACGUGGAUCAGCCAGCCCACCCCCUGCCCCGGGAGGGCAGCUCCUCCGAGUACUCCAGCUCCAGUUCCAGCCCCAUGGGGAUCCAGACGCGGGAGGAGAGCUCGGACAGCGCCGAGGAGAACGAGAGACGCCUGGAGCUGCACCUGGACGCCUCGGACAAGGAGAAGCCGGUGAUGCUGCUGAACCAUUUCCCCUCGAGCUCUGCCAGGCCCACAGCCCAGGUGCUGCCCGUGCAGAAUGACGCCGGCUCGGGCCCGGGCGGCCACCACGCGCUGCCCAUGCAGAUGCUGUCCCCCACCCCCUCACACAUCACCCCCAUCCGCAUGCUCAGCUCCGUGCACAAACCAGAGCGCGGCUCUGCAGACAUGAAGCUGCUCUCGUCCUCUGUGCACUCCCUCUUGACUUUAGAAGAAAGGAAUAAAGUGUCUCCCAGCUCCAGGGGCAGCAUAAAGAUGGAAAAGGGCUUUGGGAACGCCGUGGUGGAUGUCAUGUCCUCGUCCUCUCCGCACCAGCCCUUGCAGGUGCUGUCGGGGGGUGCCGAGAGCAGCUCCCCCACCUCCACCAUGAACUUUGGGCCUCGGGCCAAAGUCGUCCACGCUUCCACUCUGGACAGAGUGAUCAAACCAGCCCAGCAGCCAGGACUCAUAGUGGAGACGAGCACUGCUGCCACGGUGACGUCCAGCACAGUCUUCCACGUGGCUCGUCCGCCCAUCAAACUGCUGGUGUCGUCUUCUCUUCCCACCGACUCCGCCGUGGCCGGACAGACUUCCUGCUCCAGUAAUAUGCAAAUAACGGUGUCCCCUGCAAUAAUCAACCCCCGGACUGCUCUGUACACAGCCAACACCAAAGUUGCCUUUUCUGCCAUGAGCAGCAUGCCCGUGGCGCCCAUGCAGGGCAGCUUCUGCGCCAACAGCAACGCGGCCUCCUCCAGCAGCCACCCGUCCCCGUCCUUCACCACCAUGGCCAACCUGCCCAGCUGCCCCGCGCCCAGCUCCAGCCCCACGCUCUCCUCCGGCGCCGACAACAACUUCUACAGCAGCAGCAGCAGCAGUAGCAGCAGCAGCAGCAGCAGCGGCUCGGCCGGGAGCGUCCCCGUCCCCAACCAGAACCACCACCACCACCACCACCAGCAGCCGCCGCCGCAGCCGCCCGGCUGCAUGGUGUGCAGCUCCUGCGGCUGCAGCGGCAACUGCGGCUCCAGCGGCAUGACCGUCAGCUAUGCCAACUAUUUCCAGCACCCCUUUUCAGGACCUUCCAUGUUUACUUUCCCUUUCCUGCCCUUCAACCCCCUGUGUAGCAACGGCUACAUCAACACGCAGCAGUACAACAGCAGCACCACGUUCCCCGUGGUGCACACGGCCUACAACAGCGGCCUGGCCCCCGACUCCGUCAUGGCCGGACAGUCCACCUUCGCCGUGCCCCCCAUGCAGAACUUUAUGGCGGGCACGGCCGGGGUGUACCAGGCACAAGGAAUGAUGGGCAACGGCAACGGGUCGAGUCACAAAAAGAACGGGAACCUCUCCUGUUACAACUGCGGGGCCAGCGGGCACAGAGCUCAGGACUGCAAACAGCCGCCCAUGGAUUUCAAUCGGCAAGGUACGUUCAGGCUGAAGUACGCCCCUCCCUCCGAAAGUCUGGACUCCACAGACUGAGAUUCCCCCACCUGGCACCACGAUGCUGUAAAGCCAUGGAGAGCGACGGAGAUCGAACUACAAAACUGAGACGUCCAGUUGCUGUUAAGCUUAAUGUAUUUUUUAAUCCAAAGGUGCUUUACUUUAUUAGACUAGGUAGAAAAUCUAGCUUAGGGGUGCAGCCAACCCAGUUUUGAUUGCCAAAUUCAAGCUUUGUUGUUGGAACUCCUGACUCCGUGUCCUCGGACCGAUGGACGGAUGGAUGGUGGAGCUGGCCAGCUGCAGUUCCUGCUGGAAGUACAACAUCCUGUGUACUUUUUUGGCUGGAGAACAUUGCCAUAAUUGGACUUUCCAAGGUGAAAGGCCUGACUCCAGGGCAGCUCCGUUCUGAGGCGAAAGGUAGGAGUGGCCGGAAGGACUUUGGCACCCCUGGGCUAGGUAAAAUGUCUACUUUUUUUCAAAAGUGAUCAGGCACUAAUCUCUGGGAUUUUUAAGGAUUGCACUACAGAAGAAUGUAAAACUCUUCAAGCUUUCUGCACUUUUAGCAGACAGUGUCACUCUGAGACCAGUGCAAGAGGCAAAGAAGUUCCAACCUUUACAAAUUGGCACCAGCAGGCUUACGGGACUUAAUUCCACAAUAAAAAUCCUAAAAAGUCUCUCUUUUCCCUUCCAAAAGAACACACACGGCAGUUUCGGUUCCUUCUGGAAACAAACUCGUGCUUCAUUGUCUCACCUAUUACUAGCUAGUGCUGGGUUCCCAGCACUGGAAUAAACUUAGUUUCCAAGGGUCCAAGUCCCAGAGACUCCAGAGUCAUAAAGGCUUCAAGGAUUUUUCCUGUAAUACACAAAACCUUUACGUCCUGUUACUGUAUAUAGGUCUCUUUCACAGAAACCUUAUUAUUCUGCUUUUGUAAAUGAAUUUUAAACCAUCCUAAAAAAAAAAAAAUCAAACUAAGAACUCUGGCAGCAGAGUUAAUAAGCUUUUGCUUUACUUUAUAUGAAAUACCCUUUGGCUCCUACCCCAGGAUUCAGGAGUGGUGGGAGUCAAACAUGUAAAAGGUAGUAAAAACUUCAUUAUUAUCAAGACUUGGAAGGAUUUCUUGUCGGCCUCCUUCGUUGCAGUAGGUUGUAGAUGAGUAGCUUUGGUGUUAACUACUUAGUCCAUCAUUUGUGGGUGACAAAUCUAAAUUAGGACUUGAGAGGAAGCCAAACCCAUCUCGAACUGCUAAUUUGAAACACUUUGGUCCUGUCUGGUUGAAAGAAGAUCCUAAUCCUCAUGGCUUCCCCCUCCCCGGGAAUUUGAUGGCAUUAAAUGGGUGAGGCCUCCUCUGUAAAAGUGUCUGACAGAGAGAUAUUUGCAUCCUGUAAUUUGGGAGACACCUUUAAAGUCUGAAGCCUUGUUUACACUCGGAGGUAUUCCUUACACCAGGAUGAAUCCAUAGGAUUUGUAGCGGAGCAGUGACUUGGGAAGUCCUCUGGGAGCAGGAGGGUUUGGAGCUGUGCAGAGCUGCCCCCAGGAGAUGGGGCCGUGUGAGGGGGGAGCUCCGCCCUUCCUGGGCCAUGCUCAUAGGAAAGGAACAUUUUGGGCCAUCCCUGUGUCCCUCUGUCUCUCCAAGGGCAUCUCAGCCUCGCUGGAAGGCAGGCGGGAUCAUGAGCAUCGGGAGAGCCUCAGGAAUGUGGGUGGGCCCAGGGAGGGAUCCAACAUCAAAAUUUGCAGAACAGUUGGUUUAAACAAACAAACAAACAAACAAAAGAUACUUUUUAUUGCUAUGCAAUAAGAACCCCCUGAUUUGUGUAUUCCCAGCCCAGCUCCCGCUCCCUCCUGGCUCUGCCUGCAUUUGAGGACGUUCCCUGUGUUCCCAUGAGCAACCUUCAGACCUACAACACUAAAGGGAUGAAAACUGACAAUGCAAUUUACUUUGCCUUAAUGAGCUCAAGACAAUGGUAGGAACAGUCUGUCCCACUGCAUCAUGCCCAAGGAAAACGUGCAGUUCCGUGUUUACUAUUUGCAGCUUUGAGGGUCUCUCCAGUGGCCUGGAACAUGUGCUGAAAGCCAAACUUAGUGUUAUUAUUAUUAUUGUUAUUAUUUUUUUCACUUUUUUUAAACAAUAUUUUAAAAUUGUAUUUAAAGAAACUGUAUUUCAACACACAUGUGAGUGUUCAAAACCUUCUCAAAACAGCAAAAAACAGCAGCAGCAGCAGCAAAAAAAAAAAAAAAAGUCAUUUCUGUAGCAGUUGUGUUUUGUUUUACUGCCCAAGGCUGGGCACAGUUGUGUCUGAUCUUCAUCACAGAAAAAAUCAUAUCAAAAGGACUGUAAAACUGAACUUCUGUCCAGCAAAUUGUUUCAUUCCUUUCUCCUGAGCUUUCUUUAGGAUCCUUUCCCUGUGUGUAGAGUUAAGGCUGAUGUUUCCAGCAAACUGUUUCAUUCCUUUCUUUGGGAUUGUUUCUUUGUGUCAAGUUAAGGCUGAUGUUUCUUCAAGUGGCUCGUGGCUGCGUUUGGGUGGCGCUUUGGAACAGUUGGGGCUGGGUUUGGAGUAAGAUCCAAUCCAGAAGGACCUGGAGGCAACACGAGAGUCCGAAAGGAAGGUCUGGUGAGCCAGCAGCAACCUCAGAGCCUUCCCCAAAUCCCAGCGAGUUGGGGCUUCAGACCUGCCAGUGAACACCCUCCACUCUGUACCCAGAACAACCAAAGUUGGUAAGU